UCUCUUCCGAUCUCAUGAGUCAGCAGCGGCCGGCGCGGAGACUGCCCAGCCUGCUGGUGGACCCGGCCCAGGAGACGCUGUGCCGCCGCUGCCGGGACCCCAUCAACGUGGAGAGCCUGCUGCCAUCAAAGGUACGGAUUAAUUUAGAAGAAAAUGUACAGUAUGUAUCCAUGAGAAAAGCUCUGAAAGUGAAGAGGCCUCGUUUUGAUGUAUCACUGGCUUAUUUAACUCGAAAAUUUAUGGAUCUUGUCAGAUCUGCUCCUGGGGGCAUUCUUGACUUAAACAAGGUUGCCACAAAAUUGGGAGUACGAAAACGGCGAGUGUAUGAUAUCACCAAUGUCUUAGAUGGCAUCGAGCUAGUGGAAAAGAAAUCUAAGAAUCAUAUUCGGUGGAUAGGAUCUGAUCUUAAAAAUUUUGGAACAGUGCCCCAACAAAAGAAACUCCAGGAAGAACUCUCCGACUUAUCAGCAAUGGAAGAUGCACUGGGCGAGUUAAUCAAAGAUUGUGCUCAACAGCUGCUUGAGUUAACAGAUGACAAAGAAAAUGAAAGACUGGCAUAUGUGACCUACCAGGAUAUUCUCAGCAUUCAAGCCUUCCAUGAACAGAUUGUUAUCGCAGUUAAGGCCCCAGAGGAAACCAGACUGGAUGUUCCAGCUCCCAGAGAAGACUCCAUAACGGUGCACAUAAGGAGCACCAAGGGACCCAUUGACGUGUAUUUAUGUGAAGUGGAGCAGAACCACUCAAAUGGCAGCAUGUCUGAUGGAGUAGAGGCCUCCUCCUCUCAGAGCAAACACCCAGAAUGCCCUGAGAAAGAAGAAACGCCUCAGUGAAGUAAAGGCUCAUUCGGGAGGAACUGACAGCAUCUGAGAAAUGGACUGAGGUUUUAGAACAUCACAUGUGGAUAAAUUCCACAUUGGUUUAAUUCUCAGCAAUAAAUCGCCGUGAAGUGCUCUCACUCUCCUUUCAUAGCAGCAGUAGGGCCAGUAUGAUCUGAGGAGCUCCCUACUUGAGUAACUGGAUAAUUAUGAUGACCACAUUCAGAAUCCACUUUUGAUCAUUGUUCCCUGCCUUUGUCAGUGAAAAAGACAUCUUGUCUCCUGAAAUAAUUUUAUCACAAGGGAUAGCAUGAAAAUAGAUGGUCAGGUCUGACAAAGACCUCAUAGACGCUGCCUUUCCCUAAAGAAUCAUGUUGUGUUACACAAGAGAAAUUGCCUUACACUGGUUCACGUUUGCAAAUUUGUAAGUGUUGUACACUGACUAGGUGUACACACAGAACUAUAUGUGAUGUCUUUGUAUAUAUCUGUAAAAUAUUUAGAUUACUUGUGAAAUAUGUCUUAAGUCAUACUUUUCACCCUUGUACAGCCAAAAUAAUGUAUAUAUGGAAAGUGACAAACAAAUGCUCUAAUUUCCUUAAUAUCUCUAACUUAUUAGAAUCCUCUGGAUGAGGGUUAGCAGUUUUUUCAAAUUUCUACAUGUAGAAGUGUCACAAAUGUGCUAUACAUUUAAAUUCAUGUACUUAAUUAAACUAUUUUAAUAUGGUUUCCAAUUCUAAAAUUGGAGUCAGGUAUUUGCUGAUUUUCAGCUGCCUACAGUAUCACUGUGUCUCAGUCGAUUGGCAGCUUGCCUUAAGACUUUGGGGGCAAGUAUAGAAAUACUGUCAGGUUACAGAUCAGCUCACGGAGCUGUGAAUUUGGUCAUGGUGAAAUUGGCAAUCACAUGAAGUUUCCUGCAAGCAGGUUUCUGUGGUGUGUUUCUGCACACAGCCACGCUCCUUGGUCGGGGUUACCCCCCAUGCAUUGUUCCCUGCCCACCUUCCAGCUCUAGUCCCACCUUUCUAGUACCUCGCUGUUUCUACCUCAGUAAGUCACUUACCA